UCCUCUGGUGAAUACAUUCAAAUGUCAGGUCGUGCAGGUCGCCGAGGUAUGGAUGACAGAGGAAUAGUAAUUCUUAUGGUGGAUGAAAAAAUGAGUCCAACAAUUGGCAAGCAGCUUUUGAAGGGUUCAGCUGAUCCCUUAAACAGUGCAUUCCACCUGACAUACAACAUGGUAUUGAACUUGCUUCGAGUAGAGGAAAUUAACCCUGAAUACAUGUUAGAAAAAUCCUUCUAUCAAUUCCAACAUUACAGAACUAUUCCAGAAAUAGUAGAAAGGGUCAAUAAUUUGGAAGCACAGUACAACAAAAUUGUAAUUCCCAAUGAAGAAAAUGUGGUGAUAUACUACAGAAUCCGACAGCAGCUUGCAAAACUGGGUAAAGAUAUUGAAGAGUAUAUUCAUAAACCAAAGUACUGCUUGCCCUUUCUACAGCCAGGAAGACUGGUAAAGGUGAAGAAUGAAGGUGAUGACUAUGGAUGGGGAGUGGUUGUUAACUUCUCUAAGAAGUCAAAUGUGAAGCCAAAUUCUGGUGAAUUGGACCCGUUGUAUGUAGUUGAAGUGCUCCUACACUGCAGCAAAGACAGUUUGAAAAAUUCUGCUACUGAGGCUGCAAAGCCAGCCAGACCUGAUGAGAAAGGAGAGAUGCAGGUUGUUCCUGUUCUGGUGCAUCUUAUCUCAGCUAUCAGCAGUGUCCGACUCUACAUUCCGAAAGACCUGAGGCCUAUCGAUAACAGGCAAAGCGUGUUAAAGUCUAUACAGGAAGUACAGAAGCGAUUUCCCGAUGGAGUACCAUUACUAGACCCUAUUGAUGAUAUGGGCAUCAAAGACCAAGGGUUGAAAAAAGUAAUCCAAAAAGUAGAGGCGUUUGAGCAUAGGAUGUAUUCACAUCCUCUUCACAAUGAUCCCAACUUGGAAACCGUAUACAAACUUUGCGAAAAAAAAGCACAGAUUGCAAUGGAUAUUAAAGUGGCAAAGCGAGAACUGAAGAAAGCCAGAACUGUCCUACAAAUGGAUGAACUCAAAUGCCGCAAGCGUGUUUUGAGAAGACUGGGGUUUGCCACGUCUUCAGACGUUAUUGAGAUGAAAGGACGGGUUGCUUGUGAAAUCAGCAGUGCUGAUGAACUACUCCUGACAGAAAUGAUGUUCAAUGGUCUCUUCAAUGACUUGUCUGCAGAACAGGCAACUGCACUACUCAGCUGUUUCGUAUUUCAAGAGAAUUCCAGUGAAAUGCCCAAGUUGACAGAGCAGUUGGCAGGACCACUUCGGCAAAUGCAGGAGUGUGCAAAAAGGAUCGCCAAGGUGUCAGCAGAAGCAAAACUGGAAAUCGAUGAAGAAAAUUACUUAAAUUCUUUCAGACCCAACCUAAUGGAUGUUGUGCACACAUGGGCAAAUGGAGCUAACUUUGCUCACAUCUGCAAAAUGACUGAUGUCUUUGAAGGUAGCAUAAUUCGUUGUAUGAGGCGGCUGGAAGAACUGCUUCGGCAGAUGUGCCAGGCUGCAAAAGCCAUUGGGAACACAGAACUGGAAAACAAGUUUGCAGAGGGGAUUACGAAAAUCAAAAGAGAUAUUGUGUUUGCUGCAAGCCUUUACCUGUAAAAGAUGUCUUCCAGAAACAGUACUAUAUUCACAUAUAGGAUGGAACAAGUUCAUCAGCAUCACAUGUGACUUCCGUGUCAAGUAAUUUCUUUUAAUGGUGUGUACUUAGACCACAGUUGUUUCAACAAGGCAUAUACAAACAGCAGUGUAUGUAAUAUAACUUGUUACUGUUUUUCAAUAAAAAUUUACAAUUGGAA